GCCCGCCGCCCGCCGCUGCGCGCCCCGCCGCUUCGCCGACCAUGCGGUCCCCGCCGCUGCUGCUCUUUGCCUUCCUGGCCGCUGCCGCUGCCCGGCCCGGGUGCGAGCUUGCUCUGGACCCCGCCGGCGAAUGCCGCCGGCCAUCAGCUGCAGACCGCGCCACCUGUGUAGACCUGCAGCUCAGGACCUGCAGCGACGCGGCCUACAACCAGACCAGCUUCCCCACGCUGCUGGAGCACUGGUCUCGGGAGGCCGUGGAGUCCAGCUCUGAGUACGUCCUGCUGAGCGUCCUGCACCACCUCCUGGAGGGCCAGUGCAACCCCGACCUGCGCCUGCUGGGCUGCGCCGUGGUGGCCCCCCGGUGCGAGGGCGGCCAGGUGCGCAGACCCUGCCGACAUGUCUGCGAGGGUCUGCGAGAGGCCUGCCAGCCUGCCUUCGACGCCAUCGACAUGGCCUGGCCCUACUUCCUCGACUGCCACCGCUACUUCGCACGGGAGGAGGAAGGCUGCUAUGACCCCCUGGAGAAGCUUCGGGGAGGCCUGGAGGCCGAGGAGGCCCUGCCAUCAGGCCUGCCGCCGACCUUCAUCCAAUUCAUCCACCACUCCUAUGCCCAAAUGGUGCGUGUGCUGAAGCGGACAGCGGCCCGCUGCGCCCACAUCGCCAAGACCUACAGCAUCGGACGCAGCUUCGACGGCAAGGAGCUGCUGGUCAUCGAGUUUUCCAGCCGCCCUGGGCAGCACGAGCUGAUGGAGCCCGAGGUGAAGCUCAUCGGCAACAUCCAUGGCAACGAGGUGGCGGGGCGGGAGAUGCUCAUCUACCUGGCCCAGUACCUGUGCUCCGAGUACCUGCUGGGCAGCCCCCGCAUCCAGCGCCUGCUCAACACCACCCGCGUCCACCUGCUGCCCUCCAUGAACCCGGACGGCUAUGAGGUGGCGGCCGCCGAGGGUGCCGGCUACAACGGGUGGACCAGCGGGAGGCAGAAUGCACAGAACCUGGACUUGAACCGCAACUUCCCCGACCUGACCUCCGAGUACUACCGCCUGGCUGCCACCCGCGGGGUGCGCAGUGACCACAUCCCCAUUCCGCAGCACUACUGGUGGGGUAAGGUGGCCCCGGAGACGAAGGCCAUCAUGAAGUGGAUGCGGACCAUCCCCUUCGUGCUGUCAGCCAGCCUGCACGGGGGUGACCUGGUGGUGUCCUACCCCUUCGACUUCUCCAAGCACCCACAGGAGGAAAAGAUGUUUUCUCCCACACCUGAUGAGAAGAUGUUCAAGCUGCUGUCCAGAGCCUACGCUGAUGUCCACCCCAUGAUGAUGGACAGGUCGGAGAACAGGUGUGGGGGCAACUUCCUGAAGAGGGGGAGCAUCAUCAACGGGGCCGACUGGUACAGCUUCACCGGAGGCAUGUCGGACUUCAACUACCUGCACACCAACUGCUUCGAGGUCACGGUGGAGCUGGGCUGCGUGAAGUUCCCCCCCGAGGAGGCCCUCUACACACUCUGGCACCACAACAAGGAGUCACUCCUGAACUUCAUGGAGACGGUGCACCGGGGCAUCAAGGGUGUGGUGAUGGACAAGUACGGCAAGCCCGUCAGGAACGCCAGGAUCUCAGUGAAAGGCAUCCGUCACGACAUCACCACAGCCCCAGAUGGUGACUACUGGAGGCUGCUGCCCCCAGGCUCCCACAUUGUCAUUGCCCAAGCCCCUGGCUACUCCAAGGUCAUCAAGAAAGUCACCAUUCCUGCCCGGAUGAAGAGGGCCGGCCGUGUGGACUUCAUUCUCCAGCCUCUUGCACUGGGACCCAAGAAGUCCUUUCAAGGCCUGCGGAGAACCGGGCCUGGACCCAGAGACCCACUGGGAGGUGCUGACCUGCUCGGGGAGCCCACAGAGCAGGGCUUGGAGCCCCUUGGGGCGCGCAGGCAGCCCUCGGCCAGCGGGAGCAAGCCCUGGUGGUGGUCCUACUUCACAUCACUAAGCCCGCACAGGCCCCGCUGGCUGCUCAAGUACUAGGGCACCUGCAUGCUGCUCCCUGCCCUGGAUGGGAGGACCCAGGCCCACCUCCACCUCCCGGGCUCCCGGCUCUUGAUUCGGUCUGCACAGGCAUCUCACAAAGCUACUGCAGUUGUAUUAAAGAGUUCUAUUCGCCUACUGUGAGGAGAGGCUCUGUGAGGGAGGUGCCUGCUGGGGAGGGGAUGGAGAUGGCUCCUUGUGGAGUGACAGCAGCUCUGACCUGGUUCCCCACACGAUGACUGUGGGGCAGGUAUUCCUGCCGCCCCCCCACCCCCACCCCCAUGGCCAGAAGCAGGGCUGGGCCUCAAGACCACCUGUGCUGGGCCUGCCAGGCCAUCGGACCUUCCCCGACUUUACAGACACACGG